AUGUCUAAGGGAUACAUAAUUUCCGCAGUUAUUUUUUUUGUAGGGGCUCUUGUAGCGACUCUGCUUGUUUAUCACUAUUACACAAAGAAUUCCUCUCGGAAAAUGAAUAUUUACUGCAGAUGUUGCCAUAUUAUCACGUUGUAUACGUGCAUGGUCCCUUUUCCACUACUAACUCUUGAUGUAGAUUCCGCUCUCGACGUACAUGACCAUCCUGAGCACGGGAAAGAAACGUGGAUGGAGGUUAUUUGGAUUAUCAUUUUCGCCAUCUCGUAUAUCUUUGGUUGGGUCAUCCUGCCUAUUGCGGAAGCAUAUACAGAGGUCGGGGACUUUACGGUAAAAAGGGCAAUUCUACAUGCGAUUAAAGUUAACUUAAAGCUUUAUUUAAUUGCUGCUGGUAUCGUUAUUAGUUUAUUUAUCUACAUUAUGAUUUCAAAGGGUCUGUACACAUCUACAUCGAAUAUCUUGAGUUUGGCCAUAUCACUGGCCAACACUUGGGGGCUCCUCAUGCUCAUUGUAUUCAUGCCAGACGGGUUGGUUGGUGUCCCGCGCACACUUUGGAGAUAUGCAAAUCCUCGGAAGAUGUUAUAUACCAUACUCCUCAGAGUUAUCGAUAUUCAAGAGGAACUUGACUUCGCCUCGAUGGAUCUAGGCUCUAUCAAAGCCGAACUUAUCGAAGUUGACCAAUUGGUAAUGGAUGAAAAGCAGUCUUAUUUGCACCAGAUGUUAGAGAGCAUUUCUGAAGCCGACCGUGAGAUCCCUUUAUACCACACCGCAGCGCAGCGCAUCAGACCGAAGACUGUCACACGGGACCGCGCAGAUGUCUCACUCCAGCACUUGGAGGACCUCAACAAACGCCUCAAAUACUCUAUCAAGAUGGUAAAUCGCGCCAAUUACCGCUGGAAAUCAACCCUACGCUUGUGUCGCUUAUUAGAUCUUACGAUCCGUGGUGUCGACAAUACCAACAACCCGAUCAAGAAAGUGUGGAUAUCCAUUCGUCAAUAUGUUUACCUAAUGGGCUGCGGUAUAACAACUAUAUUAACCGUUCUUAUUCUGUGGAGCGAGAUGGUCUUGCCCUUUCGUGAGCUUACAUCGAAGCCGUUGGGGCCAAUUGAGUUGUUGAUGCACAGCAGUAUGCACUUUGUUAUUAGUAAUGUACUACUCUUCUACAUGGUGUACUGUGCUUAUUGGGCAGUAUUUCGCUUUAAGAUGUUCAACGCAUACACUAUAUAUCCCGGAAUUGCUGAUAAUUCCUCGCUCUGUUUCAACGAAACCUUCUUGAUCCGUUUGCUGAUGCCAUUGUCCUUCAACUUUUUGUUAAUAUCCGGUUUGUCAAACUCCGACACAGGUGUAGAUGUGAUGUACGGUCAUGUGUAUAGACGCAACAUGGAUGUCAGCAUCUUAUUAGGAAAGGGCGUAAACCAGUUUUUUCCGCUUCUUAUUCCUUUUGUUGCGACAGUAGUGUUCUUCAAUUUAAUGGGGCGCAUUCUCAAUUUGAUGGGAAUCGAAGUUUACAAUAUUGGUGAUAUCAAAAGCUCAGAAAUGCGGCAACGCCUGAUCGACGGUCGCAAGCUUGUCGAGGCUGAAUUGGGAUAUGCGCUUGUUGGAGCAGUCCUACCUGGUGAGGAGCCAAUAUUCAAUGGCAUCAAUAAUUCAGGCCUUGCUAGCGACACCGCUUCACACGGGAAAAACGGUUCUAAUGUAAGAGGGCAGCGCUAUCGUGAGUACUUGGAGAAAAGAGGAGGGAUUCAACCUGAAAAGGACACUGAGAAUACUACUGUGUAA